UCAGACUGUUAAAUGGCGACUUUAGUUUUAGACAACGGAGCAAACAGCGCGAAGAUCGGCUACAGCCUGGAGAGAGUCAGUGUGAUCCCAAACUGUCAGUUCCGCUCCAAGACGUCCAGAUUAAAAACCUUCACAGCCAAUCAGCUCGAUGAGAUCAAAGACCCGUCCGGCCUCUUCUACAUCCUGCCCUUCCAGAAGGGCUACCUGGUGAACUGGGAUGUUCAGAGGAAAGUUUGGGAUCAUCUGUUCGGAAAGAAAUGUUCAAGGUUGGUGGAUUUUGCAGACACCAGCAUCAUCAUCACUGAGCCGUACUUUAACUUCACGUCCAUUCAGGAGUCGAUGAAUGAGAUUCUGUUUGAGGAGUAUCAGUUCCAGUCGGCCCUGCGGACCAACGCCGGCUCUCUCAGCGCUCAUCACUACUUCCACAUGAAGCCGUCGGAGCUCUGCUGUCUGGUGGUGGAUUCAGGAUUCUCCUUCAGUCACAUCGCUCCGUACUGCCGCCGCCGCGCCAUGAAGGAGGGGAUACGCAGGAUCAACGUCGGAGGGAAACUUCUGACCAAUCACCUGAAGGAGAUCAUUUCAUAUCGACAGCUGCAUGUGAUGGAUGAGACUCAUGUGAUCAACCAGGUGAAGGAAGACGUUUGUUACGUAUCACAACAGUUUUAUAAAGACAUGGAGAUCGCUCAGAUGAAGGGUGAGGAGAACACGGUGAUGAAGGAUUAUGUUCUUCCAGAUUUCAGCACCAUUAAAAAAGGAUUCUGUAAGCCUCAGGAGGAGAUGGUGUACAGUGGGAAGUAUAAGACAGGAGAGCAGAUCCUGCGUCUGGCUAACGAGCGUUUUGCGGUUCCUGAGAUGUUGUUCCAUCCGUCAGACAUCGGCAUUCAGGAGAAAGGACUUCCUGAAGCCAUCGUUCACUUCCGUGGAUCGCUGCCUGAAGAGAUGCAGCCUCACUUCUACCAGAACAUCGUGCUGACGGGAGGAAACACGUUGUUUCCUGGUUUCAGACAAAGAUUAGAGUCUGACCUCCGAGCUCUGGUUCCUGCUCACCUGCCUGUGUCUGUCCUGCUACCCGACAGCCCGAUCACGUUCCCGUGGGAAGGAGGGAAGCUGCUGUCCAACCAUCCCGACUACGAUGAGAUGCUGGUGACCAGAGAAGACUACGAGGAGAACGGACACUUCAUCUGUGAAGACAAGUUCGACAUUUAA